GCAGUGCUUAGCCGGUUUGCAGAGCUUGCAAGCAGAGAUCGAAGGGCUUAGUAGAGCCAUUUAAGUUAUUCUCCCUCUCUACCGCCACCCAAUGUAUUAUAGAUUCUGAGGCGCGAAGAAUUUAUUCUUGUUAGGUAGAUGGAAAUUGCAACGUCAAAAUAAUUCCAUUUUUAACUCUCGUCAGCCAUGCUUCUCUAGUGGGCAUCGACUUCCCGCUUUUACGUCACGUGACCUCGCAAGCUACAGGAAGCAGCCAUGGCGGACCGUGAAGAUGCUGAGAAAACUAUUGCGGAAGAUUUGGUUGUUACCAAGUAUAAAAUGGCUGGCGACAUAGUAAAUCGUGUUUUAAAACAAGUUAUAGAUAAAUGUGUUGCUGGCGCGUCUGUACGUGAGAUCUGCGAAUUUGGGGAUUCAGUAUUGACUGAAGAAACUAGCAAAGUUUUCAAGAAAGAAAAAGAGCUAAAGAAAGGUAUUGCAUUUCCAACAAGUGUAUCAGUAAACAAUUGUAUCUGUCACUUCUCACCUAGUGCUAGCGAGCCAGAUUACACCCUAAAAGAUGAAGAUGUUGUGAAAGUUGACCUGGGAGCUCACAUCGAUGGAUUCAUAGCUGUUGUGGCACACACUGUUGUAAUCGGAGCAUCAAGUGAAAAUCGUGUGAAAGGACGAAGAGCAGAUGCUGUAUUAGCAGCACAUUUUGCUUCAGAAGCUGCCCUUCGUUUAUUGAAACCAGGAAAUGAGACUUACACUAUCACCGAUGCAGUACAAAAAGUUGCUGAGAGUUUCAAGUGUAAACCCAUUGAAGGUAUGCUUUCACAUCAGUUAAAACAGUUCAAAAUUGAUGGAGAAAAAACUAUUAUUCAGAAUCCAACUGAUGCACAGAAGAAAGAGCAUGAGAAGUUUGAGUUUGCAACUCAUGAAGUUUAUGCCAUGGAUGUGCUAAUCAGUACUGGUGAAGGUGUAGGUCGAGAAAUUGAUACUCGUGUCACAAUUUACAAGAAGACCGAUGAAACGUACCAAUUGAAAUUAAAAGCAUCCCGAGCUUUUUAUAGUGAAGUGACACAUAAACAUGGUUCAAUGCCUUUUAAUUUACGUGGAUUUGAGGAUGUAACAAAGGCUCGAAUGGGAGUUGUAGAAUGUGUUAAUCACAAACUUAUCGAGCCAUUUCAGGUACUUUAUGAAAGGAAUGGUGAAAUUGUGGCUCAUUUUAAAUUUACUGUAUUACUUAUGCCAAAUGGCCCACAUCGCAUUACUGGACUUCCAUUUGAACCAGAGUUGUACUCUUCUGAACACGAAAUUACUGAUCCUGACUUGAAGUCAUUGCUGAAUACUUCAGCCAACCCAAAGGCAGCGAAAAAGAAAAAGAAGAAGGCAGAACGUGCUGUAGUCAAUGAGACAGCAAUGGAAGUGGAUGAUCUUCAACCUCAAUGUUUUCAGAUAAGACCUGAAAUGCUGUAA